UUAUCUGAAGCUUCAAAUGACUUUUAAUAAAAUUAUUCUCUUAUUAUAAUAAAAUCAAUAUUCUAGUUAGUUACAAAAUUAGUUUGUAAGAAUAUAUGUACGUAGUAGUUGUAUGUAUAUAGUUGAAAGUGUGUACUUUCCUUUUACAUCUUCGCAACAUUAUCAGAAUCUGAAAAUACUUUUUCUGUGAUGCUUUAGUCCCAGCUUCUCUUUCUCUACUUUCUACUAUAUCACUUGCUUCGUGUUCACUAAAGUUAGAAUUAAAUUGAAUGCGUGUUAAUAUGGUUAGUCUAUUUUUAAACACACAUCCUAGAACAAAAUCAUGAUCGCACAUACUGUUCGUGACUAAAGAAGACUCGACACCUUUUUUUUUCUUUGUUUCUUUUCAAAGUGAAAAGUAGUAAGCUUUGAUAUUCCAAUAUUAAUAUUCGCAUAUAUAUCACUGAUACCUUAACAGAAGAGAAGUUUUCUCAUUAUCAAAAAGUGAAUUUGAGAAACAAAUUUAAAAUUUUUGUAUUUAAUAUUUUCGAAAAAAGGCUGUAUUACAAUGACUAGACAACUUUAAAAGAUUUAUCAAUAAAAACUUACAAUGGAUACACGCCAAACGCGUGUAGAAAUUCUUCUCUUUGUUAUCACAAUUUUCGGAUUAUUUUCAUUUGGAAAUGCAGCAUCCGCACAUAUACACUCUCAUCAACAUAACAAACCUGGUAGUAAUGAAAGAACAGAAGAUGGUGCAUUUAGUCCACGAGACAUGGAUCAUUAUGCAGGAGGAGAACACCAUCAGGAAUUUGAUCAUGAAGCUAUUCUUGGGAGUGUAAAAGAAGCAGAAGAAUUUGAUAAACUUCCAACACAAGAAUCAAAACGACGUUUAGGAAUUUUAUUAACAAAGAUGGACUUGAAUAAUGAUAAAUUCAUUGAAAGAAAUGAACUAAAAGCUUGGAUUUUGCGUUCUUUUAGCAUGCUUUCUGCUGAAGAAUCUCAAGAUCGAUUAGAAGAUACUGAUACAGAUGAAGAUGGUAAAGUCAGUUGGAAUGAAAUUCUCCAAGAUACAUAUGGCACUGAUCCAGAAGAUUUAGCAGUAGAUGAUAAACUUAUUAAUGAUGACAAACAGACAUUUGAAGCUGCUGAUAUAAACAAAGAUGGUCAUUUAGAUAAAGAAGAAUUCAAAGCUUAUACACAUCCAGAAGAAACACCAAGAAUGUUUCCACUUCUUUUGAAGCAAGCUCUAGAUGAUAAAGACACAGAUAAAGAUGGUUUUAUUAGCUUUCAGGAAUUUAUUGGAAAUAGAGCUAAAGCUGAAGAUAAAGAAUGGUUAUUGAUAGAGAAAGAUAAAUUUGAUUAUGAACAUGAUAAAAAUGGAGAUGGAAGAUUAGAUUCUGAUGAAAUACUUUCUUGGCUAGUGCCAAGUAAUGAGGAAAUUGCAAGCGAUGAAGUUGAUCAUUUAUUUGCCGCAUCUGACGAUGAUCACGAUAAUAGAUUAUCGUUUGACGAAAUUUUGGAUCAUCAUGAUGCUUUUGUAGGUAGUGAAGCUACAGAUUAUGGAGAUCAUUUACAAGAUAUCGGACGUUUUACGGAUGAACUUUGAAAUCACUUGAUAAAUACAUUAGUAAAAUUUUUACUUCUUUUCAUAAUAACUGUCAAAAACUUACAUGGUUAAAAAUAUUUUCAAUACUUUUAGCUCUUAUAUGUUUUAGUAUUCCUCUUUAUGCUGGAUUUUAAAUAUAUUUGUAUAAACAUCGAUAUAAAGUCAUUGCACAAACUGAUUUAAAAUA